GUAUCGAUCGCGGGCCCUACGCCGCGCCGAGCCGGGCCUGGAGGGUCCGCCGCAGUUCGCCGCCGAGGUGCCCAGUGACGGUGAGGGAGGCGGAGCUCCGUGUGGACCCGGACACGGUGAGGAUGGCGGGGAAGGAACUCUUUGUCGUUGUUGCGUUGCUUUCGAUAUCAAAAUUCACAGACGGCUAUGUGGAGGCUGUGGGUGCCAGCAGCGUUGACAUGCCCCAGCCGAGGUCGGAGCCGCAGGUAGCGAUGGUCUGCGACCAGCCCGACCACUACCAUAAUCAAUACAUGGAUUCGGCCGGCCGCUGGGUCUCCGACCUGGACAACAAAGACGGCUGCCUGAAGAACAAGGAGGAGAUUCUCGAGUACUGCAAGCGGGUCUACCCGAAGCUGGAGAUCACCAACAUCGUCGAGUCGACGCACUCGUUCAUGGUGGACGACUGGUGCAAGCUGGGCCACGACAAGUGUCAGGAGUCGUACCUGGUGAAGCCGUACCGCUGCCUGGAGGGCAAGUUCCAGUCGGACGCGCUGCUGGUGCCCGAGCCGUGCCAGUUCGACCACAUCCACAACAGCUCCUGGUGCUGGGACUUUGACCGCUGGAACCAGACGGCCGACAAGGCGUGCCGCGACCGCGGCAUGGCGCUGCGCAGCUUCGCCAUGCUGCUGCCGUGCGGCACCGACAUCUUCACCGGCGUGGAGUUUGUCUGCUGCCCGCUGCGGGAGGCCACCACGCAGCCGCCGGCGCAGCAGCCCUUCGAGAAGAACUUCCCGCCGCAGCUCACCUCCGAGAUCAACAUCGACGCCGAGGCCAUCACCCUGGAGCCGGAGCUCGAGCUGGAGCCCGUGGCGGCCACGCGCGACCCCUACUUCACGCGCUUCGACCCGCGGGUGGAGCACGACGCGUUCAAGGCUGCCGAGCGGCGUCUGGAGUCGGCCCACCGGCGCAAGAUCAAGCGGAUCAUGCAGCGCUGGACCGAGCUCGAGGACCGCUACCAGAAGAUCAAGGCCGAGAGCCCGGCGCAGGCCGACCAGUUCAAGACUAAGAUGACGGCGCACUUCCAGAAGCUGAUGGACCAGCUCAAGGACCAGGGCGCCGCCGAGAAGCACCAGUUGGUGUCGCUCCACCAGCAGCGGAUCGUCGCGCACAUCAACGAGCGCAAGAAGGACGCGCGCGCCUGCUACGUGCGCGCACUCGGCGAGAAACCCAUCCAGACGAACGUCGUGCACAAGUGUCUGAGCCGCCUGACGCGGGCGCUGUUCAAGGACCGUCACCACACGAUCUCGCACUUCCGCCACCUGCUGACCACCGACCCGGAGACGGCCAGCGCUCAGCAGACGGCCACCGCCCAGCACCUGCAUGACAUCGACCUCAUGGUCAACAACAGCCUCCAGAUGCUGGAGCGUUUCCCCAGCGUGCAGCAGAAGAUCCUGCCGGAGCUGUCCCGCACGGUGGCCGAGCUGCGGCGCCAGGACUCGACGCCGGCAGAGCUGAUGGGCGGCCAGGUGCUGGACGCCGCCGGAGAGGUGCAGGAUAUGGUCCAGAAGGCUGCCGAUGACCGCGCCGCUCAGGAGAAGAUCCUGGCCGCCGAGCAGCGCGCGCGUGACGAGAAGCUGGCCGCGCACGAGGCGGCGCGCGAGGAGCUGCACCGCGUCGAGGCGGCCGCCGGUCACCGCGUCGACGACUUCGAUCCGGAGACGAUGGAGGACGAGACGCUGCCCGGUCAGAACGUCGAGCCGGUCAUCUCUCACGCGCAGGCCAGCGCGCACACGCAGGGCGAGGCUACCUAUCAGGUGCUGCGGCCGGCGCACGGCGGCGGCGGCUCGGGCGGCGGGCGCGGCCUCUACUUCACGGUGGCGCUGGCCAGCAUCGCGCUGACGGUGGCGCUGGUGGCCGGUGCGCUGACGUUGCGCCGCCGCCAGCGCGCGCCGCGCAGCCUCGGCUUCGUAGAGGUGGAUCAGACAGCGGCGCCCGAGGAGCCGCACGUCACCCAGAUGCAGGUCAACGGGUACGAGAACCCCACCUACAGAUACUUUGAGAGCAAAUGAGCGGCGCAGUAGGAGCGCUCCGCAAGUUCUUCAGCGGUUGACGAGAGGAGGUUUUAGUUCUUUGAGGGUGGAGCGCAUCCCAUAUAGGUGUACAUUAAACCAAGACUCAUUCGUGCGCUAGCGUCGUGUGUAUAAACGUAUUUUGUGUAUACGCUUUUGGUAGCGGCGUUGGCGGGCGGGCGGUGUAGACGUGGUGUCUGCGUCUCUGUAUAAGCCCGUCGAGAUUAUCCCAGUUGUAACCAUGUGCCAUACGCGGCCGGCGCCGGCGCAGGCGCGACGAUAGAUACAUUCCCGGUCGGCUGUUCAUUCUGUGUGACUUUCGGCGACUCUCGGCAGCUUUGUCCACCUUUAGCUUGGCACUCCCGCGCGGGUGCCUGCGACGCAGCUUUAACGUUACGUGUCCUGUUACCCUGCCACUUGCGCACUGGCCACUGCAGUUUCCCUUUAUCUCUCAGACAUUCCUCGGUCUUUGCCCAUCCCUUUGUGAUCUCCCGUUGGUGGUGUGCUCGCGCGCGCUCGUGAUGUGAUGAUGUAUCGGGCGCGGCGCGCCGGACGGGCGGCGGCGCGCGCCCCGGAGAGUGUGAGGCCAGUGCGGGCGGCGGGCGGACGGCCAUUCUCCGCCAGGCCCGGUCUAGUCAGCGGCGGCUGCCAGCCGCAGCCAGACAACUGUCGGUCGCCAAUAAAGCAGCUAGAUUUGGA